AUGGUCCUCCAAGGCUUUUUACAACUGUUCCGUGGCUCAGGGCGUCGGACUUUCUUCGUUCGAGUUGUCAUUGCGAUUGUGCUCACUGUGGUGCUGUACCGGCUGCUGCCGCACGAAGUCAAGGUCUUUUUACUCAGCCAGCCUACAUCAGCACACUGCAGCUCUGCACAAAUAAAUACCGACUAUUCAUGCAGAGGAGAUGCCAAGCACGCUGAUAUUCCCAACAUAUUGAACUUGGUCUACGUCUUGUCUGACCCCAUCGACGGCACAUUCCCUCUGCAAUUCAGCCACUUCCUUUCCGUCUACUCGGCGUGGCAUCACUGGCGACCAGACAUCAUCUAUCUGCACACCAACGUUGAAGCCAAUAGCACCGCUGUGCGCCGCGCCCAUAAUGGCGACGCCGGCAAAUGGGCCCAGCGCGUCUUUGAGAUUCCCGGGCUUGUGAUCAAUACAGUACCCGUACCCACACACGCGAACAACGGAAUGAGGAUAAAGGGCAUGGAGCACAAGUCCGAUUUCGUGCGAGUCCAAGCGAUGCACGAUUUUGGUGGCGUCUACAUUGAUAUGGAUGUCCACUCUCUGAAGGAUCUCCGGCCGUUGCGGGAGGCAGGCUACAGCGGAAUUGCUGGCAAGCAAACAGACGGGUGGAUCAACAGCGGCACAUUCAUGUCCGAAAAAGAAGGGCGCAUGAUCAAACUCUGGAAGGAUCGCAUGCACACGACUUAUGACGGCUGGUGGACAACGCACAGCAACAAGGCCUUGACACAGGUCGGCAAAGAACUAGCAAAAGAGCCCUGCGCAAUGCUCACAUUGAGACCAUCUGCUUUUGCGCCCGUGGGAUGGAGGUCUUUUAAUACUGAGCGGCUGUUUAUGAACCACUUUGAGCCGUCGGCCAUUUAUUUCGACCAGGACGGUGGCCUUCCUGCAUAUCCAGAAGACUACGAAAAGCCCGAGAACUCGCUGACAACGUGGGCGCAUGACUGGAGAUGUACAUUUCUGUUGCAUGCAUUUUCUCCGAAGAAGGAAAGGAAUGGUGUCAAGGACAAUGGUAUUUCACCACGGUUUGUGGCCGAGAGGAGGAGCAACUUUGCGCGUGCUGUGUAUCCGAUGGUCAGAACCAUGUAUGCUAAAGGUCUUAUCGACAAGCAAGAUUUGGAGUUGAAUUAA